GGUCGCGGAGCGCGUCAGCAGGUGCUGGCAGAGGCCGGCCUGGAGCAGGGGCUGCAGCUUCCCGGGAGCAGGAGCCCCGGGGCGCGGUGUCGGCUGCGCUCCCCGUGUUGGGGCUGAUGGAGGGGGCGCUGCUGGGGGCGGGGCUUGCUCACGCCCCACCCACCCGGUUGCUGCGCCCUGCCGGGGGGGCCAUGUGGCCUGGCACGUGGAGGAAGGUGCUGGCAGGGCUCAGCCCUGUGUCUGGCGCUGCUGGCAGGGUUGUCAAGCGGCUCUACUGCCCUGCGGGGAAGAGAGACACCAUCUUCGCCUUGUCUUCGGGCCAUGGGAAAUGCGGCGUGGCCGUGAUCCGGACCAGCGGCCCCGCCAGCGGAGCAGCCUUGCGGAGUCUAACGGGGCAGCAGGAGCUGCCCCGGCCUAGAGCCGUCGCCUUGCGGAGAAUCCACGACCCCAGCUCCGCGGAGACUCUGGACAGGGGCCUGGUCAUCUGGUUCCCAGGGCCCCACAGUUUCACCGGGGAGGAUUGCACUGAGCUGCACGUCCACGGGGGGCUGGCAGUGGUGAGCGGCGUGCUCCAGGCCUUGGGGCGCCUGCCCGGCCUGCGCCCGGCCGACCCCGGCGAGUUCACCAAGCGAGCUUUCCAGAACGGCAAACUGGGCCUGACCGAGGUGGAGGGGCUGGGGGACCUGAUCCACGCCGAGACGGAGGCCCAGAGGAGGCAGGCGCUGCGGCAGAUGGAGGGGGAGCUGGGGCAGCUGUACCAACGCUGGAGUGAGGAGCUCACCAAGGCUCUGGCCCACGUAGAAGCCUUUAUCGACUUCAGCGAAGACGACAAUCUAGAGGAGGGCGUGCUGGCUCGAGUGGACGCUGCCGUGCAGGCGCUGGAAGAGGAGGUGAGGGGACACCUGCAGGACGGGCGGCGCGGGGAGCGGCUGCGCGGGGGAGUUCACGUGGUGAUCGCUGGCCCCACCAACGCUGGCAAGAGCUGCCUGCUUAACCUCCUGUGCCAGAGGCCUGCGGCCAUCGUGUCCCCCAUUGCGGGGACGACGCGGGACGUGGUGGAGUCAGCUCUGAACAUCGGUGGCUACCCCGUGGUGCUGAGUGACACAGCCGGGCUGCGGGAGACCCAAGAUGCCAUCGAGCGGGAGGGCGUGAGCCGAGCUCGGGAGAGGCUGCAGCGAGCGGACGUGGUGCUGGCUGUGCUGGCCGCGGUGGACGUUGCUCCGGAGCCUGGGUGCCUUGCCGACGCCUUGCGAGCCAUCCUGCCCCCCGGAGUCCCGCCCCAACGGGCGCCCUGCAUCCUGGUCCUGAACAAGGCAGACCUGCUGGAGGAGGGGCGUGGGGGGGCCCUGCUGGGAGCCUGCGGAGAGGGGGCGCUGCCCCCCACCUGCCUGCUCUCCUGCAAGACUGGAGAGGGCGUGGCCAGUCUCCUGAAUCUGCUGGGGACACAGCUGGAGCAGCUGUGCGGCGACCCUCUGGCCGGCUCCCCGAGCCUCACGCAGGCACGGCACCGCCUCCACCUCACCAGUUGCCUGGGCUCGCUGGGCCGGUACCAUGGCUACAAGUCCUUGGAUCUGGUGCUGGCAGCCGAGGAGCUGCGGCUGGCCCGCAGGCACCUGGGGAAGAUCACGGGCCGAGUCAGCGCCGAGGAGAUCCUGGAUAUCGUCUUCAGGGACUUCUGUGUCGGGAAGUGAGGGGCCGGCGGGGCUGGGGUGUUGCUCAGGCCAGGGGCUGAGGUCCCCGUGCGGCAUUGUGGGAAGAGCGAGGGGAUAUUUCAACUGAGACGCUGGGCACGGGAGGAGCCGGGUCUGCGAUCUGCUUCGGCAGCGAUGAGUGUGCAGGUCUCAGCUUAGCUCCCGCAGCAGUUGUCCUCGGGGCUGGAGAAGCUGAGGGACAAUGACAGAGGUCUGUGGGAGGGAUCCCAGGGGGCUGCGGGGCAGCAGCAGCGCUGGGUGUGCUGGGGGCACAGAAGGCAGAGGACAGCCCCCUCCUGCACCCAACUCUCAGGGCUGUUUGCCCCCCCCCCCCCCAUUGUGU